AUGGUUCAUGAGGAGUUGCCAAGAUGGAUGGAGCUCAUCAUGAGCCCCUUCUUGUCCUCCAGAGAGCCGAAUGCUUCAUUGCCCAACAUGCAUUAUUCUGGACAGGCUGAAGGUGUGCCUAGGAAUUGUCUCUCCAAGAAUUCCUCGAAAACGACUCACAGGAGCAUUUCUCAGCCCCUGACGAGAAGGCACGGUUCUGGAGAUUCCGAAGCCUCUGCGAAGUCGAGUGUUGAAGAAAAGCGGCCGCGGUCUUCGACGCAUGUCCGACGAGAUUCUAUGAAUCACAAAGAUUCGAAAAAGAAGCGUCACGAUCAUCAUCACGCUGACGAAGAGAAGUUGAGAAGGCACAGCAAAGGAAGAAAGUUGGAAGGAAGAUCCUCGUGUCCUGGUUGUACAUCGCAACGUGUUCGGCGUCGAAGUUCAAGUAGACGUCAUUAG